UAGCAUUUUUACUCUGCCCGAACUCUUUGGCUCUCGCUCUCACACCAGAAGAUUACACUCUGUUUCGCUAUUGUCGUCGCUCUCUCUAAAAUCUCAAAACCCUAAGUCUUAGACUUCUUCUCAUCGAUCGAGCUCGUUUUGCGUUCGAAAUCCUUCCUCGAGGCCUUCGAUUUGCUCGGAUUUGGAGGUUUUUCUCUGGGUUGGGAGCCCUAAGUUGGGGGGCGGCCUUGGAUCUCUGUGCUCGCCGAUUGGGUGCGGUUCGGAUGGCGGAAGGGAAGAUGGAUCUGCCGAAGGAUCUCGUCCUCUCGAAGCCCGCCGUGGAGGCAUGGGCCGGGAAAGGUGGAAAUGAUGAGGAGAAGGUUCUCAUGGGGUUUCCUGAUGAAUCAAAAGAUCAAGCAUCUUCUGAUAAUAAUAUUCCUUUGUCUCCCCAAUGGCUCUAUGCUAAACCUAUUGAAACCAAGAUUGGCCUUUCUGCUGCAUCUGGGGAUACUCGCCCACCAAAUUCUUUGCCUCAUGGAACCUUGUUGGAUUCAGCUCAGAAAGAUGUUUGGCGUUUGGACGGAUCUCAGGAUAAGAAAGAAUGGAGGAGGAGCGUGCCUGAUGUUGAAAGUACUUGCCGCUGGCGUGAAGAGGAGAGGGAAACUAGCUUGCUUGGUAGGAGAGAACGUAGAAAGGAAGGAGAUCGAGAUAUUGAGUACCGGAAAAGUGACCGCCGUUUGGAUUCAUCGAGAGAAAAUUCUGAUUCUAGGUCUUUGCCCUUAUCUGAUAGAUGGUAUGACGUUCCUAGUCGUAGUGCAACGCAUGAAGGUCGGCGGGAUAGCAAAUGGUCAUCAAGAUGGGGUCCAGAAGACAAAGAGAAGGACUCUUGGACAGAGAAGAAGAUAGAUGGAGAAAAGGAGGAUUCUCACACUGAAAAACAAUCGUUUGUUGGUAGCCUUCGCCCGUUGUCUGAAUCUGAUUCUCGUGAUAAAUGGAGGCCACGCCAUCGACAAGAAAUUCCUUCUGGUGGGUCUGCAGUAUAUCGCGCUGCUCCGGGAUUUGGGUUAGAGAGAGGUCGUGUGGAGGGUUCAAAUGUGGGAUUUGCUCCUGGUAGGGGUAGAUCAAAAUCCAUCUCAGGAUUGCCGAUUAGGUCAUCCUCUUCUGGCCCAAUUGGUGCUGUACCUGUAUUUAAUAGUGAAAGUGCACAUGGAAAGUCUGGAUUAUCUGUAGAUACAUUUCGCUACCCGAGGGGAAGACUUCUUGAUGUUUACAGAAAGCAAAAAAUGUUGCCAUCAUCUGAUACUACCCCUGAGGGCAUUGAGGAAGUUCCUUCAAUAACACAUUCUAGUGCUGUAACACCACUGGCCUUUGUUGCUCCUGAUUCAGAGGAACAGGUUCUUUUAGAUGACAUUUGGAAGGGGAAGGUCACUAGCAGUGAAGUAGGUUACAGUUCUAGAAGGGAUAGGAUGACAAGAGACCAUGGCAGCGAGAAAGAUGCUGGAGAGCUGACCUUGAUCGAGAAGAAACAUGGUGUGCUUUCCCAUAUCUCCACCAGAGAGGGAUUCUUUAUGAAUUCUGCAGAGCCAGAUUCUAACCAUGGAGAAGGUAUGGAUAAAGUGAACACAUUGAUUGAUAAGGUGGAUCCUGGUGCUAUGACUGCAGUUUCAGGCAAUGAUGCUUGCUAUACAAGGGUGUCAGAUGAUAAUCUUACCAACUGUGAGCAGAAAGUUAGUGAGAGCAAUGUCUUUAAUGAUGAUGGACGUGUGGGACAUCCAGAUUUUCUUAAGAAUGCUAAGUUUGAAAAAGCUAGCUCAGCUAUUUCUUUUGAUGCUAGUGCUAAGCUCCCUGAUGAUUCAAAUUCGUUGUUUGACACAUCAAUAGUUCGCAAGAUUCCAAACAGCAAUGAGCUGUUUCAGAACAUUGAUGUUGAAGUAAAACUUGUAAAUCAAGGUAGUUCUCCUGAGGAGUUGAGUUUAUUGUACUGGGAUCCCCAGGGAGAGAUACAAGGGCCAUUUCUAGGUGCUGACAUCAUCAAAUGGUUUGAAGAAGGCUUUUAUGGUAUGGAUUUACCUGUGUGUUUGUCCGAUGCUCCAGAAGGCACUCCUUUCCAGCCACUUGGUGAAGUUAUGCCACAUUUGAAACUAAAGUUUCAGUCUGAACCAUUGGAUUCUUUGAAAGGCAGCCUGGAGGAUUGCAUUCCUCCUUCCAAUAUUACUGGUUCUUAUGCCAUGAAUGACCCACAGCGGGCACCAUCUAGAUUUUGGGAUGCUCCGGGUCAUCAGAUUAAGCCUACAAGUGCUGAACAUGAAGAUUCUGUAGAUUGUCUAAAGGGUAGGUUGUUGCUUUCCAGCGUAGGACAGAGCUUUCACGACUUUUCUGGACAAGAUACUGAAGAAGUUUUGGAUACAGGGAGGCCUGCAAGUAAAAUCGAGAAACCCUUAGGGAUGCUUGCUAAUGACCAUAUUGAUCUGUCACGGACCUCUAGUGGUCUCCAUUUGAUGGGUGCUGAAAUGGGAGAAACCAGUUUAGCAAAUCAUAAGGUUCCAAGAGAAAACGAUUUGAAUCCUCUUGGAUUAUUGUGGUCCGAACUGGAAGGAACUCAUCCAAAGCACCCUCUUUCAACAAAUAUAGCCAACUUCAAUGAUCAGGUUAUUGAUAAUCAUGCUGCCGCAAGGGAUGCCUCUCUUUUUAAACACAAACAGGAACAGUUUAGUCUGGUAGGUGACUCCUCCAUUACUCAUGAUGUAUGGCCUGGUAACUACAGAAGGAACAAUAGUUCAAAUGUAUUUCAGGAAGCUAUUGACUCUAGUCGCUUGUCAUGCUUUGAGGCUGAAGCAAACCAGUUCAGUUUAGAAGAGCACCUGCUUGGCCAACUGUUACAGAAACAGCAGCUUCAACAGAACUUGCUGCCUCAUCAGAAUGUGGACUUGGCUGGGCCAUUUCUGGAGCAGAUCAGGGGUUCCGUGCACCAGCAGCAGUCAAUUGGUCAACCUACGCCAGAUUUGGAGCAUCUUUUGAAUCUUCAGUUUGAACAGCAGCGGCAUAUUGAGCAGCUGGAGCAUCAACAUCAACUGCAGCAGCAACAACAGCUUCAUCAACACCAGAUGCAAUUGCUGCAGCAGCAGCAGCAACAGCAGCAGCAGCAAGAGCAUUUGCUUCUCGAGCAAUUGCUACAUCAGCAAUUACAGAACCCUGGUUUUGGAGCAGCACAUGUUGACCAUCAGCAGGCAAACAAUGUGCUUGAUGAGAUUUUGUUUAGGCAGCAGCUCUUGCAUGAGUCACAACAACAGUCUCAGCAUCUACCAUUGCACCAUGACGCAGCUAUGGAACAGCUUAUCCAAGCAAAAUUUGGGCACAACUUCCAAAUGGAAAAUUACAAUGAUCUGUUAGAAUUUCUAUCUCAUUCCAAGCACAGGCAGAUGGUUCCUUUAGAACAGCAACUUCUUUUAGGUCUUCAGCAGGAGCAGCUUGAAACACAGCAAUUCUCUAUUCCAUCGAGGCAACGGUCUAGCGUGGAAGAAGAGAGACAUGUUGGUGGGGCUUGGUCAAUUGAUCAAUCUGGUCAGUUCAUCAGGGCGGCAUCCAGUCCACAUCAAACUCAUUCUGCUAGACUUAACCAAUUAGAUUUCAUGCAGACCCCUCAGAGGCCCUCAUCCCUUGAGCAGCCCAGCCAACUUGAGUGGAACUUGCUAUUGCAUGAGCGAAUGCAGCGAAAGCUUUAUGAACCAGCCCUACAUCAGCUUGAAAGGUCAAUCCCUUUGCCAGCAGGUGCUCCUGGGCCAAAUGUAGAUUUUGUUAAUGCCCUAGGACGGUUUCAAGGGCUGGUUUCACAGCAGCAGCACAGUCAUGUGCAAUCAUCUGGUCAGAUGGGACAAUUUCCUAAAGGUAUUCAUUCUCAUCAACAUCGGAUUUCUGAACAGCUUAUUGGGACAUCAGGUCAGAUGGGACAAUUUCCUUCAGGUAUUCAUUCUCAUCAAUAUCGGAUUUCUGAACAGCUUACUGGGUCGCAUAUGGAUGCAAUGGAGAGGCAUUGGCCUGAGUCCAAUUGGCAGCUACCAAGUAGCUUAGUAGAAUCACACGUCAAUCAGUUGCAAAUAGAAGCAGAAAGGCAGAAGUGGGAUAUGAAAGCAAAUUGUACUUCUGAGGACCCAAAUGUGUGGGCAUCGCUUGUAGGUAAUAGUGGGAACUCAGAACAUGGGUUAGGAGACUUGCUUCACCAAAAACUGGUUCUUCAAUCUCAACAGUCGUUAGGGUUGGUAGAUGGUGCUUCUACAUCAUCCUAUGAGCACAGGGAUCCUUCAUGGCUUUAUUCACGGCCAGGCACUGAUAAUUCUUUUAAUCUCACUUCUGAUAGAGUGGGCAUGGGUGACUCAUUGUCAGAAGGUUCUCUUUUUGCUAAGGUAGGACAUGCACUGCAGGAGCAAUUGGUGAAUGUAAAUUUAGAAGGACAAGCUCAUAGCUUUGAAAGCAGUGGAAGAUUAGCUUUUCAAUCUAGUUCUGAAACAUUUGCUGAACAGGGACACUUCCUUUCAGAUAUGGGUGAAAUUGAAAAGGAACGGUUUAUAGAUACUAUGGCUGGUGAUGCAUCUGUAGAAGGAACAGGUUUCUCUGAUGUAAAGGAAGGGAAGAAACAUGUUUCCAAAGGCAAAUUGAUGGAUAGAUUGGUUGUGGAUACCCUGGAAAGUGGGGUUAAGCGAGUAGGUGGCAAAGAUCUUGAAGGGAUGGAAGUUAGUGUACCUGUUAGACAAGCUUCAUUUGGCAGCACUGGUGGAGUUGGAAGCUUCUUCAAUUAUGAGUCGGGAGCUGAUAAUGUUUGUAACGAAGAGAUAAUUAAUGACAGGAUUGCUUGUGCUCUUGAAAGAGGGGCUGAUAAUCCCUCAUUGAAGCAUGCCCAUUAUCCGCAUGUCAUAUCUUCUCAGGGAGCAUUAUCAGAGCUAGCUUCUGCUUCGUCGGUCAAGGGGACGAAUCCUGCUAGCUAUGCAUCCUCAGAGGAGGGAAGACGAGAACCCGGAGGUAAUCUGUCCAUCCGGGCUUCAGAAACUCCAUCCUCAAACAGAAAGGACCCGAGAUUUCGCCGUACAUCUUCGAGCAGCGAUGCUGCUGUACCAGAAGUUUCAUUCAUCAACAUGCUGAAGAGCACAAAAAAGCCCUUGCCAGAUACAGAUUCUUCUACUGGUGCUCUGGAGCCGGCAGAUGCCGGCCCAGGUGGAAAGAGCAGCAAGAAGAAAGGGAAGAAGGGGAGGCAGAUUGAUCCCUCUCUUCUAGGUUUCAAGGUCCAUAGCAACCGCAUUUUGAUGGGCGAGAUCCAACGCCCAGAUGAUUGAGCACGGAUCCUCUCCUGUAGCUUUUACGUGUCAUCUUCUUGCUUUAAGGGUGUACAGGUUUGUGUACAGUUUUGGCUGUGAAAAUUUUCACUUUUAAUUUUUUUCUUUAUCUUUUUUUUGGUCCCCCCUCACUUGACAAACCGAUGGCAAAUAACCAGGGUUCGGUUUUGAGAGAUGGCAGAGCCCUUUUUAAGUGAAAAGAAAAUGCAGGUGAUGUUGGAAUAAACGUUCAAUGAAAUAAAUAAACCAAGUCACUGCUCUUAGUGAUCUCAAGAUUUUGUAUCAUCAAGAAAAACAAUUCUUUAGGGUACAAUCUAGAUGUUGAAAUAG